AUGACGCACGGGAUCGGGAUGCAGCAGCACGAGACGCCGUCGCACUCGAAGCAUUUGCUCUGUCCAGAGCCGCCGCCCGGCUUGAUGAUGGACGAGGCGGUGGAAGACGCGGCGCUGCCGGGCCCGUUGGCAUCGACGGGGCCAGCGAGGGAUGCGGAGCAGGCCAUUUUUUUGGUGGUGUAUUGGGGCGCUUUUGGCGGUGAAGUGACGUAA